AUGGAUUCUCGCUCGUCGUCCGUCGUCGCCGAGUCUCCCGGCGACGAUUCCGCUUCGCCGAUCCAUUCGCUAUCUGACGAUCUUCUCACCUCCAUUCUCCGCCUAGUCCUCGCCGCCAAUCCCACCACUUCCAAUACAAGCACAUCGGACAUAAGCACUUGCGGUUCUCUCCCAUCUUACCAGGCGGCUCUCGUCUGCAAGCGCUGGUCCCGCGUCGCGCCUCUCGCGCUCACCUCCCUCACAGUCCUCUCCGCGUCUUCCACCGCCUCCCCCGCCGCCUCCUUUUCCCCCAAACGCGAGCUCCUCUGUCGCCGUCUCGAGCAAGCGCUUCGCAAGUUUCCGAACCUAACUCGCCUGCACCUCGACAGCCACACGAUUGAUUUCAUCGACGAUCGCUUCCUGCGCGCCCUAGGCUCGGGAUGCCCGAACCUGACGUACCUCUUCCUGGGCAAGGUUCGGCUGCCGGUUCGGCCGCCGCUCGUCGACGCGGUGAGCGAGGCGGGUCUGGCGAGCGUGUUUUGCGGAUGCAGACGGCUUGAGAACGUGAGCGUGCACUGCGCGCCGAACAUCAAAUCGCUCCCCGCGUCGCUCCUCGACCUCUCCGCGCUGCGCCGGCUCCAGCUCGAAGCGCCGAGCCUGAAGCUCUUCCCGGAAGUCUUUCCGGGGAGAUUAAGUACGCUCCGCGAUUUACGGCUGCUCUCGUGCAACGCGCUGCCGUGCCUACCGGACUCGCUCGGCGACCUCGCGGGUCUCACGCAUCUGCGCAUCGAGAAAUCCGACAAUCUCGAGCAGCUGCCGGAUUCGUUAUGCGACCUGCAGCUGCUCGACGUCCUCGUUAUAAGCUCCUGCUACUGGCUCACGUCGCUGCCCGACGAUCUCGGGCAGCUGCCGUGCCUGCGCGUAUUGGAGCUCGACGGAUGCGGGGGAUUGCUCGAACUGCCCUGCUCGCUGCCGCAGCUACACUCCCUCGAGCGACUCGUUAUAAGCCGAUGCGGUAACCUUACACUGCUGCCCGAAGACAUCGGGCAGUUACCACUCUUACGCGAAUUGGAAAUCAGCAAGUGCCAUCGCCUCGUCGGCCUCCCGCCCUCCCUGCCCGACCUAGCCGAGCUCGAGUUCCUGGAAGUUUCCGACUGCACGCGACUAGAGUCUCUCCCGGACGAUCUAGGCCGUCUAUCCGUUCUUAAAACCCUGCGCCUCGCCUCGCUUCCUAAUCUCUCCUCUCUGCCCGAAACCCUAGACCAGCUGACUUAUUUGCGAGAGCUCCAAUUAGAAGACAUUGACAAUCUUUUAGGCCUGCCCGACCCAGUUACGAGCCUCGGCCAGCUGGAAAAACUCGUUCUGGGUCUGUCCUGCGCGCCGAGCCUGCCCGAAUCCGUAGGCGCGCUGACCCGUUUGAAAGAGCUACAGCUGCGACAGUGUAAGGGGUUAACGAGUCUGCCUGUAGCGAUGCGCGCGAUGACGCGGCUGGAGCGGCUGGUGGUGGAGGAGUGCUGCGAGCUGGUGGCUCUGCGGCUGCCGGAAGGAGAGGGCCUGGGUACGUCUGGAGGGGAGGGAGGAGGGCAAGCUGUGCACGCAGAAUCCGGAGCGGAAGGAUGGGCAGCUGAGCAGCAGGAGGAAAGGCAGCAGCAGGGGCAGAAGCGGGGGCAGCAGGGGCAGCAGAGGCAAGAGCAGGGUCAGAAAGUUGGGUUGGAUGCAACAGCCGACUCCGCACCGCUCCCAACCACUCUCAAUGACGGAUUCAGCCGUCUCUCUCUCGUGACCAAAUGUCCUCAUCCCCCCUCUCGCCCUCUCCUCCCGUGCACCUCCCCCCUCCCUCCGUGCACCUACCCCCGCCUCCGCGCCCUCGUUCUCGUAGGCUGCUCGUCCCUGCGCGCCCUCCCCGCGUCCCUGACUGCACUGGCUGAGUUAGAGCGGCUGGUGGUAACCAGGUGUACCGCGUUACAGUGGGUGCCGGGGAGCGUGGCGCGGAUGCAGGGGCUGCGGGAGCUGAGGCUGGAUGGGUGCAGAACGGUGCUGCUGCCGCCGUCGCUGGCGUGCUUGGGGCGGCUGGAGAAGCUGAUUGUAGUGAGCAAUGGGUGUAGUGGGAGCGGCGUGGGGGCGGGGGUUGAGGUGGGGGACGGGAUGGGGAUGGACAUAGAUGGAAGCAUGAAUGGUGACAGCAGUAGCAGCAGCAGCGGGAGUGGACACGGGUGUGUUACAACCAAGGAUGGUGCAGCAGGCGGUUGUGGCACUCAAGAUAUUGGCAGUAUAAAUGGUGCUGCCAUGGUUGCAACCACAGCAAGCAGUGUUAGCGGCACUAACGGCUCUGGUGGUGCAGUAACUGCUUGCACUAGUGCUGCUGCUACCAAAACCACUAGUGCUAUUGCUGCCAGCAAUGGUGCUGCUGCCAGUAGUGGUGGCAGCGGUGAUGGCGGAGGUGAAGGGAGGGCUGCAGGUCAACCACACAGCAUCCCAACCCGUCUUCCAACCAACUCCCCCUCCUAUACCCACGAGCCCUGCUUUUCCUUCCUCCCCUCGCCACCCCUCGCUCUCCCCCCCGGCAUGGGCCAGCUGGCUCAGCUGAGGGAGCUGGAGCUCGCCUCCCUGCCUGACCUCCCCUGUGGUGCCGUUGCUGCUGGUUCUGAUUCCUCCUGCUGCUGUGGUUGCCCCUCCUCCUCCUCCUCCUCCUCCUCCUCCCCCUGCUCCUCCUCCUCCUCCCUCAAAACCCCUUCUCCCACUGCCCCCAACGGUACCUUCUUCCUCCACCUCACCAACCUGCGAGACCUGCAGCUUGACUCCUGCCUCUCUCUCUCCUCCCUCCCCUCCUCCCUCUCCUCUCUCUCCUCCCUCAACCGCCUCCACCUCGCCUUCUGCUCCUCCCUCUCUGCCCUCCCGCCAGGCCUCUCCGCCCUCUCCCACCUCCGCUCCCUCAACCUCCAAGAAUGCAUCUCCCUCACCUCCCUUCCCCCCUCCCUCUCCUCACUCGUCCGCUUGGAAGGGCUUUACCUCAAGGGGUGUAUCCAGCUGAAAAGCCUUCCGGGCGACAUCGGGUAUUUGCCGAGGCUCAGGGAGCUGGAUUUGAGGGAUUGCGAGGGGUUGCUGGCCCUACCUGGGUCGAUCACACACCUUACGGGGCUCAAAUGGUUGGAUAUAUUUGGGUGUAGUAGUUUGGAUAAGGAGACGGUUUCUGCGAGGAUAGGCCAAGCCACAAUUUAUCGGAGCUAG